AUGUCAUCCCAAGGUGAAUGUUUUUCUCAACAGACUGCAUUUUGUACUGCUGGUAGUCAUAAACCUAUUGAAGUAAAACAACAAUCAUUAGCUCGUGUUGCUCAAAUCAUGGGUGUGGUCAGUGAGGAAAAAGAAAAUAAAAAUUUAUCUGAAAAUGAAAAUGACUUCGACGGUGAUGAAGUAGAUGAUGAUCUUGUAUUUAGUUCAGUUCCGCAACGUUCAUCAAUGCCAAUAGCAACAAAAAUUCAUUUUGAAGAAAUCGAUGAUGAAGAAAUGCGACGUUUUGCUGAAUCAUUUGAACACGAACAAGAAGAUGUUAAAAUGGAUGACAAUGAUGAUGAACAACUCUGUGAAGAUUAUGCACGCAAAAUGCAAACACCAACAAAAUCAGUACAAAUUGAAAACAAUAAAAGAAAAGAACCAUGUAUUGAAGAUCUCGAUGCACUUCUAAAUGAUGAUGAUGAUGAUGAUAAACUCAAUAGUGAAAAUCAAAUAGAACAACAGCAACAACAAAUGUCACCUGUAUUUAAAAAGAAACCAUAA